AUGAUAAAUAGCAAUGACAAGAACACCAAUAUUAUAAACAAUAUCAAUAGUUUAGAAUCACUAUAUUACAGUUUAAAGACAACACUAGGACCCUAUGGUAGCGAUAAACUAAUUGUCGACCAAAGAGGCACUGGUGAUUACAUUGUAACAAAUGAUGGAGCCACCAUUCUAGAGCAUCUAGAAAUCAAACAUCCUAUACCCAGACUACUCAUAGAGUUGUCUAAAGCACAAGAUAGAACCAUUGGUGAUGGUACAACUAGUGUCGUCCUAUUGACUUGUUCAUUACUUCGAAACUGUCUAAAAUAUCUAUCCGAUUCUUCAAUUCAUCCUAUUACUAUUGUUGAUGGAUUUCAAUUAUCACUUGAUCAAUGUCUAAAAGAGAUUGAAAAGAUACAAUUACCUAUUAUAACAACAACCAAACAACAACGAGAUGAUCUAGAUCAUAAAUACAAUAACACUGAAUUUAUAGAAAAGUUGUAUCAAAUUGCAUCUACUUCAUUAUCAUCAAAGAUACUAGGAAAAUAUUUAAAACAUUUUAUUAAACUUGGAGUAGAAUCUAUCAUUCGAUUAAAAGAUAAUAAGAAUUUAGAUUUGGUGAGAGUGAUUGCUGUGAACGGUCCGACUAUGUUGGAUUCUGAAUUAUUGGAUGGUGUAUUGAUGGAGAUACCAAGUGGAUGGAAUAAAUCACAGAUAUUAGAUAGACUAUUACAAAGACAACAACAACAACAACAAAAGGAAGGAGAAGGAGAAGGAGAAGGAGAAGGAGGAGUAGGAGGGAGUAGAGUGUUGGUUGGUAAACUACAACUACAAAAUAUAAAGGAUGUAUCGGUAGUAGUCAAUAGAUUCAAAGAGUUGUUAUUGACAAAUGAUAUAUCGGUUGUAUUUAGUGAUAGUGGAUAUCUACCACCACCGAUUGAAUCGAUGAUGCAAGACAAUGGAAUAUUUCAUUUUAAUGUUCAAGAUGAUCGUGAUCUAUCAACGAUUGCACUCAAUCUUGGAUGUAAACUGGUGAAUAGUUUAUAUUCUAUCAACUCACAAGUAGUAUCUGGAUUGAAAAAGAUCACAACCGUUGUGAUUGGUGACAACACGACGACAACCAACAAAUUAUUUAUGCAAAUUCAAAAUGCAACCAAUGAAAUCAGUCUUCCAACAAUCAUCAUUCGGUCACCAACAGACACCAUCUCACAAGAAUGUAUUAGAUCUUUUAGAGAUAUGUUGAGUAUCUUAUCAUCUUCAAUUAAUAAUCCUUUUAUUAUUGGUGGAGGUGGAUGUAUAUAUUUAUAUUUAAUGAAUCAAUUAAAGAAUUGGUUAAAUGAACAAGUAGAUAUGAACCAAAAAAUCAAAUUAUCAAUUCAAAUAUUUAUUGAUUCUUUGGAAUCCAUUCCUUUUAUUUUAAUUCAAAAUGCUGGAUACGAUAAUAUUGAAUUAAUAUCAAAAUUAAAAGAUUUACAUAGAUUAGAUGAUGGAAUCAAUAAAUGGAAAGGUAUUAAUUUGGAUAAUGGUGAGAUAGUAGAUAUGGUCAAUCAAUUAAAAGUGGUCGAACCAUCAUGCUUGCUCGUCAAUAUUUUAACGUUGGCAACACGAGCCUCUCAAAUGAUUUUGCGUAUCAAUAAUAUGGUGAUCAAUGAACCAAGAGAAAGAUUCAAACCUCCCUCUGUUUAG